AUGCUGUAUUCAAAAUUGUUUAUUAUUUUCUUCUUGGUCUGUGUUAUUGCCAAGUCCGGUUCGCCAAGGCCUUUCGAAGGCGGUUUCAACAAACGCAUGUACAAGGGACCCGAUACACCAUAUAGAGGUGGUCCAAUAGAGUGUUACGACUUGUGCUAUUGGAAUACGUAUGAACGUUUGUGGCAACUGAUGAGAGGGACAAGACGGAGAAUACAGCAGGAAUGCAACCUGUGUGAACUCAUGUAUCGUCUCGAAUUCGAAUACAAUGCUGCUGGUUCGAAUCAAAAUGCCACGAUUGCUCCGGAUCCAAAAAGGAGCUUUUUCAAGAAGAGGACUAAAGACAGAAACUCUGCCAAGCUCGAUGGCGGUUUCAACAAUCACACGUACAUGGAACCCAAAACACCAUAUAUAGGCGUUCCAGAGGAGGUAAACCAACGUAAGCCAUUCGUCACGUAA